AUGGCGCCGGCGGCCUGGGCGGUUCCGGCGCUCACGGCCGCUGCGUGGGCGCUGCGGGCGGGGGUGUGGGCGUGCCUCGCCGCGUCGGCGAUGCUCGUCGCCGAGGCCGCGUACAUGGGCCUCGCCAGCCUCGCCGCCGCCGCCGCCGCCGCCACCGCGAUGCUGUGGCGCUGGCGCCGCACCGACACGAGGUACCGCUGGGAGCCCAUGCCCAUGCCCGGGGCCGGGGGCCGCGUCGACGUCGAGGUGGCGGCCACUGGGGCGGACUUCUCCAUGGUGCUCGUGCAGAUCCCCAUGUACAACGAGAGGGAGGUGUACAAGCUAUCCAUUGCUGCGGCGUGUGCCCUCACAUGGCCACCAGACCGUAUUGUAAUACAAGUCUUGGAUGAUUCCACUGAUCCGAUUAUUAAGGAACUAGUGGAGCUUGAGUGCCAGGAUUGGGCCACCAAAAAAGUUAACAUCAAGUAUGAGGUUAGAGAUAACAGAAAGGGAUACAAAGCAGGUGCGCUGAAGAAGGGCAUGGAACAUAUAUACGCCAAGCAAUGUGACUUCGUUGCUAUCUUUGAUGCGGAUUUCCAACCUGAACCUGACUUCCUUUUAAAAACCAUACCGUUUCUUGUGCAUAACCCAAAGAUUGCACUUGUACAAACACGUUGGGAGUUUGUGAACUAUGAUGUUUGCCUGAUGACAAGGAUACAGAAGAUGUCUCUGGACUAUCAUUUCAAAGUUGAGCAGGAAUCAGGAUCAUUUGUGUAUUCAUUUUUUGGCUUUAAUGGUACAGCUGGUGUGUGGCGUGUAUCUGCUAUUAAUCAGUCUGGAGGAUGGAAAGAUCGCACCACUGUAGAAGAUAUGGACCUGGCUGUACGGGCAAGCCUCAAGGGAUGGGAAUUCUUGUUUGUUGGUGAUAUUAGGGUUAAGAGUGAACUACCAAGUACCUUCAAAGCCUACCGUCAUCAACAACAUAGGUGGACUUGUGGUGCCGCCAAUCUCUUCAGGAAAAUGGCUUGGGAAAUCAUUACAAACAAGGAGGUGUCAAUAUGGAAGAAACAUCAUCUGCUAUACAGCUUUUUCUUUGUCCGAAGGGUUAUUGCUCCCCUUGUGACAUUCUUGUUUUAUUGUGUUGUCAUCCCUUUGUCUGCCAUGGUUCCUGGUGUCAGCAUUCCUGUAUGGGGGCUGGUCUAUAUUCCCACUGCAAUUACAUGUAUGAACGCCAUCAGAAAUCCUGGGUCUCUCCAUCUGAUGCCCUUCUGGAUUCUGUUCGAGAAUGUUAUGUCCAUGCACCGCAUGCGUGCUGCUGUAACCGGUUUACUUGAGACUGCACAUGCAAAUGAUUGGGUAGUCACUGAGAAGGUAGGAGAUCUUGUGAAGGAUGACCUGGAUGUUCCACUCCUUGAACCAGUGAAGCCCACAGAAUGCGUUGAGAGGAUUUACUUUCCUGAGCUCUUGCUUGCACUCCUCCUCUUAAUAUGUGCUUCAUAUGACUUCGUACUUGGAAGCCACAAAUACUAUCUUUACCUAUACCUCCAGGCCUUUGCAUAUGUUGUAAUGGGUUUUGGUUUUGUUGGAACAAAAACUCCAUGUUCAUAG